GGGAUUGAGGGGGGCGGCUAAGGCAGAGGGAGAAAUAGUGCUGACUGUUGACUGUCUUCUCCCAAGCAAUCCGGAGAGGAGUUGGAAGCUUCCAGAACAUCCCCCAAAGUCCAUACUUGAACCGUUGAACGUAACCCCACUUCCACCCAAUUUCUCUCUUUCUUCAUUCUCCCCAAUAUCCUUGAAGCUUCCCGAAACCUCCUUCCUGUUUUAUACUACUCUUCUUUCUCUAUCUACUCUACUUUCAGAUCUCCAUUCUCCAAAACCCUCAAACCAUCUCCAUUGUUAUACUCUCGCUUUCGGUAGAUCUACAUUCCGAUUCAAAUCAGCUUUCUUCAUUUCUUUUUUGUUGGGAGAAGAGGAGAUUUAUAUUUUAUUCAACAAUGGAGGCGGGAGCUGUAUCGGAGAAGCAGACAUCUUCCUACACUUAUUGGGUUCGGGAAGCGACGUCAGAGGCGGCACCUUUGCCUGUUCCUAAGAAACUUUCUGCUCAGGAUUUGUCCAAUCAGCCUACCCAAACACCUGUUCUUGGCUCUGUUUGGAAUAAGGCUGGAACAUGGGAGGAGAAGAACCUUAAUAAAUGGGCAAGUGACAGGAUCCAGGAGUUGCUCAGCUCUAUUGACCCCUUGAAGUUUACUAAUGGCAAAGCAGAAGUAACUGAAGUAUCAAAUUGUUCAGGCGAUGCCUUCUUGGUGACUGUUCGUAACAAGAAACGUGUUGGAUAUACUUAUGAGUUAAAAAUUGAUGUCAAAGGUGAAUGGCUUGUUGAUGGAGAGAACAAGAAUAUAAAGGGAUAUCUGGAAAUCCCAGAGUUUUCAUAUGGUGAGCUAGAUGACCUGGAGGUUAAUGUAAAGAUAAAUGAAGGCAAGGAUCUGGCACAGCAAUAUAAGCAGAGUAUCACCCAGGAUUUGAAGUCUUUCUUGCAGCCUGUGCGCGAAAAAUUGUCACAGUUCGAACAGGAACUCAAAGAAAGGUAGUAAGUAUCAAUAUGCCUAUGUAUGUACUCUACUAAUUUUAUUGUUCUCAGAAAUUACGUAACUGUAGAAAUGUGCAAGCUCUUCUGGAUCAAAUGUAAGAUUGAACAAAGUCUGUUUUUGAGACUAAUUGCAACAUUUUGAUCUGUUUGUGUUAAACUUAAAUGCUUGCAUAAAGCAAAAUGAAUGUUAUUCAUUUGUAGAUUUACUUUUGAGGCUAUGCUUUGUUUUUCAACA